CCAGCCCCAGCACCAUGCUGCGCCGCAAGCCUUCCAACGCCGGCGACAAGGAGCCGGGACACAGGAAGCUUUCCCUACAGCGUUCCAGCAGCUUCAAGGACUUCAACAAAUCCAAGGUCAGCUCCCCCGUGUCAAACGAGGAGUUCAACCUGGAGGAGAAUAUCCCCGAGGAUGAUGCCAGCCCUGAGGAGGCCGUGCGGAGCAGCGGGACGAAGCUGGGCAGGAAGUGGAGGGCGGUGAUCUCACGCACCAUGAACCGCAAGAUGGGCAGGAUGGCCGUGAGAGCGCUGGCCGAGGGCAAGGGAGAGGCGGAGGAGGAGGGGUCCCCGUGCCCCCUGUCCCCAGGCAGCAGCACAGAGGAGCAGAGCCAUGACAAGGUGCCCCUGUCGUACCUGGAGCUGGAGGAGGAGGAGGACGGGCGCCCAGCCCUCGCACGCCAGAUGUCCAGCGGCAGUGACAUUCCCAGCCCCAGCGAUCCCGGGGACAGCCGGCGGCUGGAGGAGGCCGUGCCUGCCUACACCGGCCCCUUCUGCGGCCGCGCCCGCGUCCACACCGACUUCACCCCCAGCCCCUACGACAAGGACUCCCUGAAGCUGCGGAAAGGGGACAUCAUCGGCAUCAUCGAGAAGCCACCUGUGGGCACCUGGACAGGGCUGCUCAACAACAGGGUGGGCUCCUUCAAGUUCAUCUACGUGGAUGUGAUCCCUGAGGAGACAGUCCCUGCCCGCAGGAGCCGCGGCUCCAGCAGGAACAAGCGCCUCAAGCCCAAAACUCUCCACGAGCUGCUGGAGCGCAUCAACCUGCAGGAACACAUCCCCACCCUCCUGCUGAACGGGUACCAGACCCUGGAGGACUUCAAGGAGCUGCGGGAGACGCACCUGAACGAGCUGCACAUCACGGACCCCCAGCACCGCGCCAAGCUGCUCACGGCCGCCGAGCUCCUCCUGGACUACGACAGUAAGACCAGCGAGCCCGAGGAUGGGGACACCGCCGAGGCCCUGCCGUCGCCCUCGGAGCCCAAAGAGGACAUUCCCCGGGACUCCGGCUGCUUCGAGGGAUCAGAGGGCCUGGAUGGCAGCCGGGAGGAGGCCGAGCUGGGGGGUCCCAAGGAACAGCUGGGGGCUCUCUCCAUGGCAGAAUCCCCCUGAGCCCGCCGACAGCGCCGCUUCCCGCUCUGGCCCUGACGGUGGGGC